CGCUGUUCCUCCUGCUGGCCGGCCGCUGCCUGCCUUCCUGCUGCGGGAGCCGGGCUGUCCGGCGGCCUGGUGGCACUAGCGGGGCGGGGAGGAUGAGCACGGCGGGACCGGGCGGCAGCAGCAGAACAAGCAGCGCAAGCAGCAGCAGUCGCCGCGGCGGAGCCGGUCAGUGAGCCGCGGAGCAGCGCGGCGGAGGCAGGGCAUGGCGCUGCCGGGGGAGCGCGGAGCGGAGCCCCAGCCCGGCGCCUCCCGCUCCGCCGACGAGGAAGAGGACAGCGGCGGGGCCGGCGGGCAGCCCGAGGCACUGUCGCUGGAGGAGAUCCUCAGGCUCUACAACCAGCCCAUCAACGAGGAGCAGGCGUGGGCCGUGUGCUACCAGUGCUGCGGUUCGCUGCGGGCCCGCGCCCGCCGCGGCGAGACCCCCGUCGCCAGGCUGGGGGCGACCGCCCACCUUCGCGUCUGGCGGGACGGCGCCGUCACCCUGGAGCAGGACGAGCCCCAGCAGCCGCCUCCGCCCGCCGCAGAUAAAUCGGGCCGUUUACACUGCACAGAAAUGGAGGUUAUUGAAUCACUAGGGAUUAUUAUAUAUAAAGCCCUGGACUAUGGUUUAAAGGACAAUGAAGAGCGGGAAUUAAGUCCGCCACUGGAGCAGCUUAUUGACCACAUGACUAAUACCACAGAAACAGAUGGGAGUAGGGAUGAAGGAUAUGAUGCUCUGGAUGAAGGAGAGGAGGAUGACGAUGAUGACCAAGAGGAAGUUGAGGCCAUUCAUUCCUAUAAGGAUGUCAUGAAGCUGUGUGCUGCCCACCUGCCAACCCGAUCAGAGGCGCCAAACCACUAUCAAGCAGUAUGUCGGGCUCUGUUUGCUGAAACAAUGGAACUGUACACUUUCUUGGCCAAAAUUAAAAGUGCAAAAGAGAAUCUGAAGAAAAUUCAAGAAAUGGACAAAGAGGCAAGUGAUGAAUCCAGCACAGAUCUUGAUGACUUAAAAAAUGCUGACUGGGCUCGUUUUUGGGUACAAGUGAUGCGAGAUUUACGGAAUGGUGUUAAACUGAAGAAAGUUCAAGAGCGUCAGUACAACCCACUUCCAAUAGAAUAUCAGCUCACACCCUAUGAAAUGCUGAUGGAUGAUAUUAGAUCCAAACGUUAUACCUUAAGAAAGGUUAUGGUCAACGGUGACAUUCCACCUCGAUUAAAAAAGAGUGCCCAUGAAAUAAUCCUGGAUUUCAUCCGAUCCCGACCUCCAUUAAAUCCUGCCUCAGCAAGAAAACUGAAACCAACCCCACCACGGCCACGCAGCCUUCAUGAAAGGAUACUGGAGGAAAUCAAGGCAGAGAGGAAGUUACGUCCAGUCUCACCUGAUGAGAUAAGGCGUAGCAGGCUGGAUGUACCUACACCAGAGGCUGGGAGAAAAUUGAUGGAUGCCUCUGAAGUGAACGGUGGCCUAGCACCACAAGAAAAGCAGAAUGGGGCCACAAAAGCGACAGUGCAACGCAAGAGACUCCUUAAGGCUCCAACGUUGGCUGAAUUUGACAGCUCAGAUUCAGAGGAGGAAUCAGUACACAAAUCAGCAAGUAGCAGCAGCAUCUCCCCCUCACAAGUGGAAGACCCCUCUCAAGAAGGUACCAGCAGCAGAAAGAUGCCUCCAAAGUUCUUGCCCAUAUCAUCUACGCCACAGCCUGAGAGACGGCAGCCACCUCAGAGACGGCACUCCAUUGAAAAGGAAACGCCAACCAAUGUGAGACAGUUCCUACCACCUUCAAAACAGAGCUCCAGAUCACUUGAGGAAUUCUGUUAUCCAGUGGAAUGUCUGUCUCUGACAGUGGAGGAGGUCAUGCACAUCCGUCAAGUGCUUGUGAAAGCCGAGCUGGAGAAGUACCAGCAAUAUAAAGAUGUCUACACUGCUCUCAAGAAAGGAAAGCUCUGCUUUUGCUGUCGAACAAGAAGGUUUUCUUUCUUUACUUGGUCUUACACUUGUCAAUUUUGCAAGAGGCCUGUAUGCUCACAGUGUUGCAAAAAAAUGCGGUUGCCAUCCAAGCCAUAUUCUACUCUCCCCAUCUUCUCACUGGGACCUUCAACCUUACAAAGAGGAGAGAGCUUUAUGAGGCCAGAGAAACCCUCUACCAGUCACCACCAUUCACUGCGGAGCAUGUCCAGGUUGACCUCAAGGUCCAAAUCCGUGGACAGGUCACAUGAAGAGUUUCCCAAAGAGUUAAUGGAGGACUGGAGCACGAUGGAGGUGUGUGUGGACUGCAAGAAGUUUAUUUCAGAAAUCAUCAAUUCAAGCCGGCGCAGCCUAUCCCUGGCCAACAAGCGAGCCAGGUUAAAAGGGAAAACACAAUCCUUCUACAUGGCAUCACCGGGAACCUCCGAAUACUCCCCCUCUGAAAGGACUAUCAAUGAGAUCUGAGCCUCGUGCCUUUUGCUUUGCUUUUGUCUUCAUGAAGUCAUCAUCCAUGAGCAAGGUCACUGAAACUGGAUUAUCAUUCCGUUGCUUCAUUUCACGUGACUGGCUUGAAUUUGCAUUAGAUCACAGGAUUUCCGACUGCAGUGGUUCCCAGAGACACAGAAUGCGUUGUUUAGAUCUGUGUGGGAGGGUACACAAUGGGUCAGCUGCUCACACUGGAAGAAAAACAGUAGUUAGAAAUUGUUGCCUCUUUUGUAUGUGUGUGUUGAAACUAGAAAGCCUUUUCUUGCUUUCAGUCCUUUUUUUAACCAUGCCUUCAAUCAUUUUCCAGGAGAAGAGCUGCAAACGUAUCUUUCAUAGAGAACCAAAUCUAACAAAGCAUCAGUGUUAGCACAGUAGCAAACAGUAUGUCAUAUUGGCAUUACCACCCUAGUGAUGCUCAUGUCCUAGUUGAAACAACAAAGGGUCGUAUCAUACACCAGACACGGAGUGUGAGUGGCUGUGGUCAAACCCAUCUUUCUUUGCACUGUUUUGGUUGCUCUGAGAUCGGGGUUCAGCACAGCACUCCACAGUGCCUGUGUCCUGGGGCAAGAUACACAACAAAGCUCUUCACCAGUGUGGUUGCCAUUCCCCUGAGCUGCUGUACUUCUUAAGCCUUAGUGUACUUCUAAGUGUCUCCUGAGCGGGUUUUAGUAGUUUACUUUCUAUCUUGAAUGUAUGAUGCUGACUACCAGUAGCAGUGAAUUUUAGUAGUGGGCAGAGUUGUACAGUUUAUGGGGAGGAUGGGAAAUAAGGGAGGCUUCUAGUUGUAACUGCCUACCUGUAAAGUUGGUUACUCAGAGAAAACAGUGGGUAAAGUGUACAUUUGUAUUAUAAUGGAGCACACAAAUACUUCUAUAGUUACGGCUGACAGCAUAUUCACUGAGAACCCCAUUUUUCCUGGGGUUUAUAACUUGGUUGUAAAAACUCGUGUUCUGCUGAAAUUUGGGACGGUGCUGUCUCAGAUUGGGAGCAAUCUUUUCUUUAGUCCUUUUUCAUUCCUUUUCCCUUUUUAACUGGCUCACAAGAGUGCUAGGCUGCUUGGUCAGAGGCUCCAGUGAUGUUUCAACUUUAACGGACAUCUCAUGCUUUUUUGCACUUUUUUUUAUACUCGGAAUACUUUUGUGUUGAAAUCCAGGCAUAGCCAGAGUUUAGUGGAUAAUUCGGGGCAUUUUGGGAUUUCAGAGCAAGCUGCCGUAGCCAAGUUACUCAUACUUGAAAAUCAACUACUGUAACUUUUUCAUAAUUUUUUACUACCCUGAGGCAUAUUUAAUAUCUAUAUAGCAGUGUAUGAUAGAAUGACAUAGCAGAAGAGUUUCAGAUCUAUUUAUUAACAUUUCUAUACUUCGGAUUAAUGAGAGAUACCUCAGAACUGCUCCAAAGUAGCUGGGACUGGAUUCCCCAUAACAUGGUUUUAAAGCUGUAGUAGUCAAAACAGAUUCUCCUCUCCAAAUCCUCCUCCUGGUGAGGAACAGGGUGGGGCUGUGGGGCACCAGGGCUGCUUGAUUCUACUCAGUGUACAAUCCAGGGCUCCAGUCCCACUGCUGGCCACCCCUCUGCCCAGGGCACCAAGGCUUCUCCUUCAGAGUGUGUUUGCAUGUUACAUUGCAGCCUUUGGAGCAGCUGCUCAUAUCUUCCAAGCUGAUUUGAAAAGCACAUGCAAAAGUCACCUUAAACCUCCCCAGGGACUCGCCUGUCCUUAUUUUUCUUUAAACACCCCCUUGGAACAUGAGAAUUUUUGCCUAUGCAGGGCUUAUUGAAAUGUUGGGUUUAUUUGGUUCUGAACCGUUGCAAGCAGGAAAAGCAGGGCUCAAGGCUGACUCUCCUCUGUAGCUGUCCCAUGUAAGCUGAGGUGUCAGGGCCCCCUCCUCUGGGUACCUCUGGAAACGUGUCUUGCAUGCUGAAGCACCUGGAGUACUGGCAUGAGUUGAGGAUGUAGGACUGCAGGAGGUGAGCAGCGCAGGCUGAUCUGAAAGCUCUGCAGCUGCUGGAAGGGUCACCCGAUCCCAGUCACAUCAGCACUUUUUCAUGUUUCUGUGCCAAAACCUGGCUGUGCGUUUGCUGCACAGUGCAUCAGGAGAACCAGACUGAAUGAAAUGCAGGAAAUCUCACUUUGCAUCUCCCCUGUUGUUGUUCUGCUCAUUUUACCCUGGAAAUGCCCCAGCCCCCUGUGCCAGUUGCUCAGUCCUCUGCUCAUAGUCCUGUUCCAUGGCAUCCUAAAGCCUCUCAGGUGCAAGGUAUCCAGCAUGUUUAUUUUCCCCUUUGAGAGAGAUUUGGGCCAUUGCAGAGAAGGCAGGACCAAGGACUAAGUAUAUCCUGAGUGUGCAGAGUCCCUCACAGCAUCCUUGUGCCACCAUCCACCCUGGCAGUGUGCAGGGAAGCUCGGGGGAUGCAGCAGAGCCUGGGGAUCCAGCCUCUGCCUGCCUUGGCUCAGCCUGGGCUCUGCCGUGCUGGGCAGGGCACGAACACUGGACAACACUGCAGUUGUACAAACUGCUCCGUGUUGCUCACACAGAGCUGCCACGGGGCAGGGCCUGGAUAACCUUCCUUUUUCCCUAGGGAAAACCCUUUGGGCUGCUGGCACAUGCCAUGGCAGGCUCCCAGAACCAUGGUACAGAGGGCUGCCUCUCCCCUUCCCUCCCAUCCCUUCCUCCUCAGCACAGUUGCUCCACAUUAUCCUGGCAUUUCAUCCCGCAGAAGAGCAAGCAGCAGGCUGGUUGGUCGGGUGCAGUGAAGGAGCUGGGCUCUGCUGGCUGCCGGGCUCGCUGCAGAACUGGCUAUUUUUAGCUUUCCAUCUCGCUGCUUGCGCUCACAUCCCAAAUCCACUGCAGCCAUUCGCCUGCGCACCCUGCAGUGCUGCCCGGCACGUCCUAGUUAUGCUCCGAGCUUCACAUCAGCGUCAGAGGAUGAAAUCAGAAGCUUGUAAAUAUGUGUAAUAUAUUUAAUACUUAGGAAGUCUCCAUCAAUCACGCAGUGGGAAUUGACUCUCCCAUGAUGUUUUAAAAAGGAAAUGAGUCUUAUUUAUGUGUGUUGGCUGUUAUCUUUGUUAGAGUUAAAGCAUUCAGCCCCCUAAUACAGUUCGCACUCCAUAGGCAUUUUAGCUGGAAUUACUGCUGACAAGAAUGCGGGACCAGCACUGCAAGCUCCCUGCCAGGAAUUUUAAAAUCUUCUGUUUUGUUUUAGCUUUACUAAUAUGCCCAGAGUCUGUGUGAAUAUCCCAUAGGAGGCCCAAGGAGUUUAAAAUGCCACUGGCAGCAUUGGUCUCAUUGUUCUGUAUGUUAACCCAGUGGUGAAGAAUUCAGAACCAGCUCUGCUGCUCACUGAUGAUGGAGGAAGUGAGCAGGGCUGUCCUGUAGCUCUCACACACAGCUUCCAAACAUUCAUGGUGACAGUGGUGCUGGGCAGGUUUCUUGGUUUCAUCCCUUUCCCCAUUACUUCCUUUAUACAGGAGGGGUGUUACCUGGCAAAAAUAAAAAGCCUUUCCGUUAUAGCCCUUGUCUGUGUUAAUUACUGAUGUGGAAGCUGAUUUAAAGGUUCUGCCUCUUUCCUUUUUCAUACUUUUAUAGUUCUGUAAGAUCAGUCUGAUGGGUCUUUUGGCAAGGAAUUGUUAAUGAGAAUGAUCAAAUAACAGCAGAGCGCUGGCUGGGCUGCAUGGAGGGAGGGAAACGUCAGCGCACUCUUAGAAUAGCAAUAAAACUGCUUGUGUAACUCCAGUGAUGCCAUUAGCACCCACACAUCGCUCCCAGCCUCCUCCCUCCCUUACCAGCUGCUUCCAGCCCUGACGGUGUGUAGCUGAGGCUCAUCCUGCAUGCAGCACAGGCUUUUGGAAUUCUCCGUUGCUCAUCUCUGGGAGAGAAAUGCUGCAGUCCUUUGGAGAAGUUUUUGAUUGGUUGUUUUGAGUUUUUAAACCAGAAGUGGUGAGAACAUUUUUAGCACAACUAUUACGUUGUUCUCUUUCAAGCUCUCCUUUUUCCCCAGGCAAGUUUAGCAUCAGCUUCCACAGUUAGCUACUGGCUGCAUGCUCUAUAGGUUAAAACUAACGUAGAAGUUCCACCUUUAGACUCCUGCUGGCUACCUUCACACUUUACCUCACCCAGCAGCUCCGUACAUCUUUUAGGAAUGUCUUUCUUACAAGCUCGGUCUCACCAAUGAUACAGUGACAGCACACAGGCAUGGGGGAACGGUGCUGCGACCACGCGCUCUGGUGCUACGGCAUAUGGAUUAUGUUAAUGUUACUGUAGAAUCUCUUGCAGUGUUUCCAUGUUGACAACCUGGAGCUGCUCUGGUUUAUUUCUUCUUUUGUAUGUAUGUAUCUUAAGGCCAAUCUGAGAAUGUUUAUCAAUGUCGACUCCAGCUAUAAAAAUCUGUUUGGUUGUUUCUGUCUGA